UUCAACCUGCUUGGUGUUUUCCCUCCAGGUGCGAAUCAUGUUUGAAGUGCAGGACCUGAAGUACGCCACCCUGGCCACGGUGUCGCGCUGCGGCAUGGUCUGGUUCAGUGAGGACGUGCUCAGCACAGACAUGAUCUUCAACAACUUCCUGGCCCGGCUGCGCAGCAUCCCCCUGGACGAAGGGGAGGACGAGGCCCAGCGCCGGCGCAAGGGCAAGGAGGACGAGGGGGAGGAGGCUGCGUCCCCGAUGCUGCAGAUCCAAAGGGACGCGGCAACCAUCAUGCAGCCGUACUUCACGUCCAACGGCCUGGUCACCAAGGCCCUGGAGCACGCCUUCAAGCUGGAGCACAUCAUGGACCUGACCCGCCUGCGCUGCCUGGGUUCCCUCUUCUCCAUGCUGCACCAGGCCUGCCGCAACGUGGCCCAGUACAACGCCAACCACCCCGACUUCCCCAUGCAGAUCGAGCAGCUGGAGCGCUACAUCCAGCGGUAUCUGGUUUAUGCCAUUCUCUGGUCCUUGUCUGGGGACAGUCGGCUGAAAAUGAGGGCAGAGCUGGGCGAGUACAUCAGAAGGAUCACGACCGUGCCCCUGCCCGCUGCACCCAACAUCCCCAUCAUUGAUUACGAGGUGUCCAUCAGUGGAGAGUGGUCGCCGUGGCAGGCCAAGGUGCCUCAGAUUGAAGUGGAGACCCACAAGGUGGCGGCCCCAGACGUCGUCGUGCCGACCCUGGACACGGUCCGCCACGAAGCCCUCCUGUACACCUGGCUGGCCGAGCACAAGCCACUGGUCUUGUGUGGCCCCCCCGGGUCCGGCAAAACCAUGACGCUCUUCAGUGCCCUGCGGGCCCUGCCCGACAUGGAGGUUGUGGGUCUGAACUUCUCGAGCGCCACUACUCCAGAGCUGCUGCUGAAGACCUUCGACCACUACUGCGAGUACCGGCGCACUCCCAACGGCGUCGUCCUGGCUCCCGUCCAGCUGGGCAAGUGGCUGGUGCUGUUCUGUGAUGAGAUCAACUUGCCAGACAUGGACAAGUACGGGACGCAGAGGGUCAUUUCCUUCAUCAGACAGAUGGUGGAACAUGGAGGCUUCUACCGAACCUCAGAUCAAACCUGGGUGAAGCUGGAGAGGAUCCAGUUUGUCGGGGCUUGCAAUCCGCCCACGGAUCCUGGGAGAAAGCCUCUCUCUCACAGGUAAUGCCAGCUCUGCUGACCUCACUGGCCUGA